UUCCCGCUUAUUGUGCACAAAUGAGCAGCACUAAUUUCACCAGACAGUAACUGGUUCGUUCAUGAGCGAAACUGCUGUCAGCUCAGAGAGCAUUUAUGUUAUGGUCUACAGAGCUGUUGUUAUUUUGCGUUGAACUUUCGAAGUGAGUGGACGUGCGCGGCCGGCAUCAGCAUAGAUUCGUCGCGUAAUUUUCCAACGCAAACAAAAUCAAAGUGCGUGUGUGUGUGCAAACAAAAGUGCGGUGUUUUGUUGCACUGUGUAAACAGCCGAAAUGAUUUUAGUAUCGAAAAAACCAAGAAUUCGGCAAGUGAAACCAUCAAAAUGGCAUACGGUGCACCGCAAUGUGCUCAACACUUGCCGCCUAUCGGGACGCCGACGCUGCGGCAGGCGUUCGGUCAGUUGUUAUCAUUUCUUCAGACACAGUCGCGGUUUCCUCUGGUUCGUACUCUGCAAUUUGUUGCUCACGCCGAAUAUCAGUGAUGCGCAGCUGCUGAUUAAUGUACAAAAUCAGGGCGGCGAAGUUAUACAAGAGAGCAUUACGUCCAAUAUUGGCGAGGAUUUGAUUACCCUCGAGUUUCAGAAGACCGACGGCACCCUCAUCACGCAGCUCAUCGACUUUCGCAACGAGGUGCAAAUCCUUAAGGCUCUGGUGCUGGGCGAGGAGGAGCGCGGCCAGAGCCAGUAUCAGGUCAUGUGCUUUGCCACCAAAUUCAACAAGGGCGAUUUCAUCUCAUCGGAUGCAAUGGCCAAGCUGCGCCAGAAGAACCCGCACACCAUACGCACACCCGAGGAGGACAAGGGACGCGAGACCUACACCAUGAGCAGCUGGGUCCAGCUAAAUCGCUCGCUGCCCAUCACACGGCAUCUGCAAUCCCUCUGCGCGGAGGCCACCGAUGCCACCUAUGUGCGGGAUGUGGAUUUGAAGGCCUGGGCGGAACUGCCAGGCUCCUCGAUUUCCAGCCUGGAGGCAGCAACCGAAAAAUUUCCCGAUGCGCUCUCCACGCGCUGCAACGAAGUGAGCAGCCUGUGGGCGCCCUGCCUGUGCACGCUGGAGACCUGCAUCGGCUGGUAUCCGUGCGGACUGAAGUACUGCAAGGGCAAGAGCGUGGGGGGCGACACGUCCGGGACGCAGCAACAGCAGCAGCAGCAGCAGACGAAUUAUCGCUGCGGCAUCAAGACCUGCCGCAAGUGUACACAGUUCACCUAUUAUGUGCGGCAGAAACAACAGUGCCUCUGGGAUGAAUGACGACGCGGCGAGCUGCAGAUGCGCUGCGCCAAGCAGGUGCCACUGACGCGCGACGCUGACGGCGACGGUGACGGCGAGGGCAUGGCUGCGGCAUGUGAUGCAGCAGCGAGUGAAACAGCGGCAACGACAAUAACAAAAACAACACGAACAACGAGCAGGGUGACAACAACAACAGCAAGAACAACGACCAACAAAUUACGCCAACUGCUUUUGUUGGUGCAACAGCAGAUGCCUUUUGCACUGUGGAGCUUUCCGGUCCAUCACGUUUCCCAUCACCCACAAAAACAAGCACAACUUUCUGGCCAGGCGUUGGCACAUCAUCAUCAUCAGCCUGAUGAUCAUCAUCAUCAUCAUCAUCACACGGCGGCCGACUUGUCGCAUCACCCAUCAACAAUGGCCGCCAUCGUGGCGUGAUAAUGCGCAUGCAACUCGGACAAGGGUAUAUAAAACCCGAUAAACCCCAACACACAUGUAUUGGUGUGGACACACCUAUACACCCUACACCCUCUCUCACUAUUCUUAUGGGCUGUAUAUAUGUAACUAUGAUGAGAAUAUUGCCAAGCUACACUUACGCUUAUGCUGCUAGGUUAGGAGCUUUGAUGAGCUGGAAAAGAAAGACAUUUUAUUCGCAUUCUCA